AUGCCCUCCAGGAUGCCUCCACAGAACACCGAGGCUGAAGCCAUGCAGGUCGGGUCUCUGGCGGUCAACGGAAACAAAAGUGCCGUGGUGGUGAAUGUGGACGAGGGAAAGGGCGGAGCGGCGGAGGCUGAUGGAUCAAAAGGAAACGCAGGGGCCAGCGGGGAGGGGGAGUCGGAGAGCGAGGGGUCCAUAGAGGGCAUCCCGGUGAAGAGAUGGAUUAUGCACGGCGCGGUCAUGUUCGGCCGGGAGUUCUGCUACGCCAUGGAGACGGCGCUGGUCACACCUGUGCUGCUGCAGAUCGGUCUUCCAGAGCAAUACUACAGCCUCACGUGGUUCUUGAGUCCGGUCUUGGGCCUGAUGUUUACCCCUCUGAUCGGCUCGGCCAGUGACCGCUGCACCCUGAGGUGGGGCAGAAGAAGACCCUUCAUCCUGGCACUUUGCAUCGGCACACUCAUCGGCGUUGCUCUCUUUCUUAACGGAUCACUAAUCGGCCUGGCGAUGGGGGAUGAGAAGGGCAGUCAGCCGAUCGGGAUAGUCCUGACCGUACUUGGGGUGGUGGUGCUGGACUUCUGUGCGGAUGCCACGGAGGGACCGAUCAGAGCGUAUCUACUGGACGUGGCCGACACAGAGGAACAAGACAUGGCCCUCAACAUCCACGCUGCGUCGGCCGGUCUUGGUGGAGCCGUGGGCUACGCUCUGGGAGGUCUAAACUGGACCCACACAUUUCUGGGAGCGGCCUUUAAAUCCCAGGAGCAGAUCCUCUUCUUCUUCGCAGCGAUCCUGUUCACUGGGUCCGUGGUGCUUCACCUCUUCAGCAUCGAGGAGCAGCAGUACAUGCCGCUGCACGACCGCCUGGACCAGGAGAGUCCAGACCCCGCUCAGUCUCAGCCGUCGUCCAAUGGGAGGCCUGGAUUACUCGCCCCAAAACUGGAAAUGAUCGGUGAAGACGAAACCAUGGACAGUUUUGAUUUGUAUGAUCCCUACGGAGAUGACCAAUCAGAAAACGAUAUAGACAUGGACUUCCUGGAUGUAGAGCUUGUGAGAAGUAAAAGCGACAGUGUUUUGGCCAUGGCGGACGCGACCUUGGACCACAUAGAACACGACUCUUGGUUCCUGUGCCACCUGGAGCCGUCCAUCUUUGCCGACCGCCUGUCUCCGUACCACUGCUCCUCUCCGCCCGCAUCCACCUCCAACGCCAACAUCCGCCGCAGCAGCAGCGCGGGCAGCCAAGACCUGCUCCGCUCGCAGCCCAACCACCACCCGGCUCCCCAAACGCACAUACCCAAGAUAUCUCGCCUCUCCAUGUUCCUGCAAGAAAUGGAAAAUGACGACGGACAAGAGGCUCUGCUCAAUAACCAGCUGAACGAGCAGCGCACGCUAAACGGGCGGCUGUUAGCAGGAGCGGCUAACGGCGACGCUAACAAACUCAGCACCAAAGGACAAGCUCAUCGCGCAGGGAUGGUCAAAGCUGCCAGCACCGGAGCAGCCGGGCGUCACUCUCGCCAUCGGCACACCUUCUACCGGCAGCCAUCUUGCACGUUCUCCUACUACGGCCGCGUGGGGAGUCACCGCUACCGCUAUCGCCGCGCCAACGCCGCCUUCCUCAUCAAAUCGUCGCGCAGCAUGAACGACUUGUACGAAGUGGAGGCUCGGCACCAGAAAAGGGACAAGCAGAGGAACAGACACCGCAGCGGCAACACCAACUCCUCCAGCGGCGACACGGAGAGCGAAGAGGGAGAGGUCGAGACCACGGUGCGUCUGCUGUGGCUGUCCAUGCUGAAGAUGCCUCCGGAGCUGCUGCGUCUGUGCGUGUGCCACCUGCUCACCUGGUUCUCCAUCAUCGCUGAAGCCGUUUUCUUCACCGACUUCAUGGGACAGGUCAUCUUCCACGGAGAUCCCACAGCUCCUUCAAACACGACAGAAUUUGUGAAUUAUCAGAAUGGAGUUCAGAUGGGCUGCUGGGGGCUGGUUAUCUACGCUCUCACUGCAGCUACAUGUUCAGCAAUUCUUCAAAAAUACUUGGACAACUUCGACUUGAGCAUUAAAAUCAUCUACAUUGUGGGAACUCUUGCAUUCGCGAUCGGCACGGCGAUCAUGGCCUUAUUUCCGAACGUGUACGUGGCCAUGGUCAUGAUCAGCACCAUGGGCAUCAUCUCCAUGAGUAUCUGCUACUGUCCCUACGCCCUCCUGGGACAAUACCAUGAAAUCAAAGAGUACAUCCAGCACAGCCCGGGUAACUCCAGGAGAGGCUUUGGUAUCGAUUGUGCCAUUUUAUCCUGCCAGGUGUACAUCAGUCAGAUUCUGGUGGCGUCUGCUUUGGGGGCGGUUGUGGAGGCUGUGGGCAGUGUGCGGGUCAUCCCCAUGGUGGCCUCCGUCGGGUCCAUACUUGGAUUUUUCGCCGCCUGGUUCUUGGUGAUCUAUCCUUCUCCAAACAGCAGUGACGCUGAUUCAACCAAAGCCUCUGAGAAAAAAGCCUUGACAGCGCUGGAAAAUCCCCCGGAAAAGUCUGUCCCCGACGUCGUCAUCAAAGAGAAAUCGAGUUUCUGGAAACUCAACCAAAACGGGAAAACCAGCACCACCACCUCCUCAUGCCACACAGAGAACGAGUCCGCACUGUGA